AUGCCUGCCCGACAGGCCGCCGGCAGCGUAGCCAAUUCAAAGCGCGCUGCCGACGAUAGCAAUGACGACGACGAAGUCUCCGCCCCCGGCUCCAGUUCCAAGAUGAAGCUGCCACGCCUCGACCGUGGUUCCGAAGACUUCUCAAGCGUCGUCAAAAACCGCCUGCAGUCCUAUACAAGAACUGGCCAGGCCUGCGACCGUUGCAAGGUCCGCAAGAUUCGGUGCGACGCAUUGCCAGAAGGCUGCUCACACUGCAUCAACCUCAACCUCGAGUGCUUUGUUACAGAUCGUGUUACCGGCCGUACCGAGCGCAGAGGUUACCUGCAGCAGUUGGAGCGAGAAAAGAACGAGAUGCUUCGCCACAUUCGCGACCUUGAGAAGCUCCUGGGCGAUAAGGGUGUCGACGUGAAACCAUGGACCCCGCGAUCCAACCUCGAUGCUUCCAACCUUGAUGCGUCCAACCUCGAUGCGUCCAACCACUACGGCAACAGCGGCUCUUCCGACGAUGCUUGGACUCAGUACGGCAGUGUCAAGAUAAAGGGCGAAACUGCGCCCAGUACCGCCAGUGCUCGUGCUGAGCCUGCUACCAUCUCUCCCGCUACUGCUGCCGCAGGGCAAACCUACAUUGCCCCCAACUUUCCUCGGUCUCAGCUCGAACCGCGUCGAGAGGACGCCAGUCUCGGCGUCGGCUGGGAUAGCCGCCCGUUGAGCUCGAUCCGCGGCACCAAGCUCACCAUCAUGGGAACCACGAUCGAUACAACUUCAUUCGAGGCUCCCGACAUGGACGAGCCUCCCCCUGAUGCCAAUAUCAGGACACCCCUGUACAACAAGUCGGUCCAUGCGUUCAUGCAGUCGGCAAUGGGUGUCAACCCUCCUGUGCAGAUCGAACUUCCCUCCCGCAAUGACGCAUUUACCUACUCCCAAUGGUUCUUUCUCAUCAUGUCGCCGUACAUUCCCGUACUACACCAGCCGACGUUCAUGAAAUUGCUUGAAAGGAUAUACGACGAGCCCAAUUUCAUUCCUUCAGUUGCCGAGAUUGUGCAUGUGCACAUGGUCUUUGCAAUCAUCUACUAUCAGUACGGCGUCCGCAACUGGCAAGAGGUCGAGAGGCGUGACCAGCUCAACGAUCUCUCCAACAAACACUAUCACUUCUCACUGAGCAAAUUCUUCGACCUGAUGGUCUCACACGAACUGCCUGCGGUCCAGGCCCUAGUUCUCAUCGCCUGUCAUACCCGAGCCUUUCCGAAACCGGGGUGCAGCGCCCUCAUCUGCAACUUUGCUUUCCAGCGAGCCCUCGAACUGGAUCUCCACCGAGCCCCCCGAGUCCCAGAGGGCGGGACUACUCUGAGCAUCGAGAUGCGCAAGAGGACGUGGUGGGUUCUACUGUCCAUGUACGUGUCCGUGACCGGCCGUCGAGGACGACCCAUGCCAAUCACCGUUGAGGAAUUUGACGUCCCUUUUCCCGAGCCGGUUAACGAUGAGCUCCUCACAGAGGAUGGCAUCGACAGGUCGCGCCAGAUGCCCUGUGAGUGGGAUGUCGGUAUGGCCACUUUCAAGAUUGUGCCCAUCCUUAUGGAGAUGUACUCCAACAUCUACAGUAUCCGGAGAGACACGCAAAACUAUUCCAAUAUAGUCUAUGCCCUGGAGGCACAGCUGCAAAAGUGGGAGAGGGAACUCCCCCCCAACCUACAGCCAAGUAAGCAGAACGAGCACAAUGGCCUAGCCACUCUGUACAUGAGAAUGUUUGCACUCGAGUCGCGCCUAUGGCUCCGCCAUAAUUCGGUCAACCCAACCGCCGACAAGCAGAUGAUAGCUGAGAACACGAAGAUUUGCGAGGAGACGGCCCAGGAACUGCUGAAGAUCGUGCAGCAGGUCAUCUCCGUCAAAUCUCUCGACACGACAUGGACGCAAAUGGCCGUCUAUGCAAUGUCCUUGUUUUCCACGCUGGCGGCACAUUGGGAACGGCGGUUCCAAACGACAUCGGCUCAAGUGGCUGGUCUUCGUCGCGAGAUGGAUGAAUGGAUGACUGUCCUCAAAGAAGCCAGUCAACUGAUGCGCUCUGGACCCCAGAUAGAGGUUGAUAUUCGACGCAUCGUCAACCACACCAUUGCCUGGAUCGAGCGCGAUAUGGGUCAUCGGGGACAGGGACGCCAGCGCUCACCAUCCCCGCCAUCAGCUCCGGCAGUGCGAUUGAAGAGGGAGAAUUCAUCGCCCAGGAGAAAUGCGAGCUUGACUCCUCCCCAGCAAGCCCAUACAUCCACGACAAGGCCCUCGCCGCCAGUCACGCUACAGCAGCAGCAGCAGCAGCACCGGCGGGCACAGGCACAAACGCAUGUGCAGCAGCAGCAGCAGCAGCAGCAUCAACAGCAGCAGCAACACCGUCACCAUACAGCAUUACAAGUCCCGUCUAGGACACAAGGCCAAACUUUGGCCCAUGUUCAACAUCAACAUCAGGCGGCGCCACAGCCGGCAUCACGACCUCCAUCAACUGCCGGGCCUGCACCAGUGGUAACACCUCAGCAGGAAGCUCAACCGGACGGGAACUACUACUCCCACGCAGAUCUCAACGGUCACGCUGCGGCGUAUUCCGGACUCGGUUAUGGGAAUCACACUCGGGGUCCACAGAUGGAGUCACAGACGUACGGCGCAGACGCCAUUUUCUAUCCUAGCUCUGCCCAGCAGUCAGCAUCCGCAGCGUCUGUCACUGGUGACACACAUUCCAACAUGCUAGCAUUUACCCCGCAGUCGCAGCCGGUCGAUGCCACUAGUCAUUACUUCUGGAAUCGCAGCGGCAACACAUGGCAGGACUGGACAGCGGCCAUUGCUCAGAGUCCCAGCUUUGGUAACGCAACUCCCCUCAUCAGCCUUGAUGUAGCAACGGCUGCGAGUGCACCCGGAUCCAGGGACCCCGUGGCGUCUUUGCAGGACGCAUCGCACGACAUGUCAGCCCAGUGGCCGCUCGUCAUGUUUGACCAGCAUGUCCAUCCCCAGGGCCACCAUAGCAACAAUUCGCAACAUCCUCACUCACAACACUACCCACAUGGGCCUGUUCAGUAG